AUGGACUCCUCCGCCGGAGACGAUGCCGGUGUCGUCCUCAGCAACAGCGUGGCGAAGGCGCCUGGAGUCGGCACCAGCUCGAGCAGUGCCCCAACGGACCCGUUCAAGUACCUUGCAGAGCACAUCCACAAGCGUGUUGCCAUCUCGCUCCUGCCAGUCGACGACGACGACGACGGUGCAGUGGUGCGUGGCACCUUGCUGAGCGUCGAUGACCUCUGCAACGUGAUGUUGCAGCACUGGUCAAGCACAGGCGCAACGAGGCUGGACAGCAGCAUCGGCAAUGGUCGGCAGCAGCAGCAGCCCCGCAAGCGCGCUCGCCUCGACGCUGCUGGUGGUGAAGAUGCGGAGGAGAGUGUGCGACUCAUCCGGGGUGCGCAGAUCGUCUCCAUCUCUCUCCUGCCGGCGUAA